UUCUCUACCUUCCACUCUUCCCUUUCCCCUCUCAUCAAAGAAAAACCACAAUCUCUUUCCUUCGAUCGGUCAAACAAAAAAUAAAAAAUAAAAACCCCUCCCUCUCUUUUUUUUUCUUGUCUUACUUAAUUUCCGAAGACCCCUCGAAAGUUCAUUCCGUUUAAUCCAUCUCAUAAAUGUAUUUUAAAUUUGCUUUUUAUUUGUUUCUGGCAACAUUGUCUCCCUAGGGUUCUUGAUUUGAUCCGGUGUUUUUUUCCCUUUUAUUUAAACUAAAUGGUGAACGGUACGGAAGCAGGGGAUUUCGUGGUGCUAUCUCGGGUAAGGACGGGUCUGAAGCGUGAGUUCGAGUUUGCUUUGAAGGUUCAAGCGGAGAUCUGUGGGUCUUUGGGUCGGACUCGGUCAGGGAAGGCCCAGAAUGGAGGAGAGGCGUGGAGUCCAGGUAACAGGAGCAACAAGAAAUUGAAAAAAGAAGUCAAGGAUGAGAAAGAGAAGAGUGAUUUGGAGCAAUCUGUGAGGGUGGUGGAGGAAUCUGUGGAUUUGAUGAGCGAAGAAGAGGCGAAAAGCGAUGUGGAAGAUCCGAAGAGAGAGGUGUUUGGUUGUGAAGAAGAGGAGUCGAAGAAGGUCGAUUUGGAAAAGGAUGAGGAAUUCAAAGAUGGUAUUAUUGAACCAAUGUGUGAAGAUGAGAUUGUCAAGGAAGUGAAGGAAAAAAGCAAGCCCGAAAAGGCUGUAAUGGGUUCGCUAGAAGAAAAACAGGAGGAAGAGAAAAUGGAUGCUGACAUUAGAGAGAAAGAAAGUCAACUGGAAAGAGCAACGGAGAAUGUAGAAGAAGUAAAAGAAAAGGGAAAGGAGGGUUUGGUGAUGGAAAGUGAGCCGUACAAAGGGGAUAUAGGGGUGCCGGUUUUGGUUAGUUGUGAGGGUGAUACUAAGAUAGAGCAAGGGGUGAAGGAAGAGAAGCCUGUAAGGAGGUUUACUCGGUCCUUGUUGAAAGCGACGGUGGAGACAACGAAGGAAACUGCUGCAACAGAUGCUAUUGUCGUCAAUGUGAGUGAAGCUAAAUGUGAUGGCGGUGAUAUUACAGUCGGGAGUGUGGAUUCUCCAAUGACGCAGGAAGCAAGUGUCUCGACUAAGCUUGUAAGAAAUUUCCCGACAGGUUUACAGGAUCUUUUGGAUUCAGGCAUACUCAAGGGAGCAAAUGUGAGGUAUGCACGAAGCUCGAAGGUUACAAGAGCUGCAGGGAGUAAUGGGCUUCAAGGAAUAAUCAAGGGCUCCGGGAUAUUGUGUUUUUGCAAAGCAUGCAAGGGCUCUAACGUUAUUAGCCCUACCUUAUAUGAGAUUCAUGCAAGGAGCUCAAACAAGCCUGCAGAAAAUUAUAUUUACAUGGAGAAUGGGAAUACCCUUCGUGAUGUUAUGAACGCAUGCAGGGAGAGUUCAUCGAGCAUGUUGGAGAACACCCUGCAAAUGGUGAUUGGUUCUUCCAUGAAGAAAUCCCGCUUUUGUUUGAACUGCAGAGAAUCCAUUACUCGAGCUGGCUCUGGGAAAGCUAUGGUUCUAUGUAAUUCUUGUCUGGGUGUGAAAGAGUCUCAAGAUGGCUCAACUGAAGUGGCUGAUGGAACAAAGGGUGCUGAUGCUAGUGACAGCUCACCCAAGCCAAAUGUGGUUCCAGAGUCACCUAUCAGUGCAUCAAAAUGCAGUUUUUCACAAACUAAGAGUCAGGGAAGAGUAACUAGAAAGGAUCUGAGGAAGCAUAAAUUGGUAUUUGAGGAAGAUGGGUUGCCAGAUGGAACUGAACUAGCAUAUUUUGUUCGUGGAGAGAAAUUGCUUGUUGGUUAUAAAAGGGGAUUUGGAAUAUUAUGUACCUGCUGUAAUUCAGAGAUAAGCCCCUCACAGUUUGAAGCUCAUGCUGGUUGGGCAAGUCGUCGCAAGCCUUUUCAAAACAUUUACACAUCAAAUGGGGUAUCUCUUCAUGAAUUGUCAAUAUCCCUGUCGAAAAAUCGGAAGUUCUCUACAUAUGAGAAUGAUGACCUAUGCAGCAUCUGUUUGGAUGGAGGGAAUCUAUUGUGUUGUGACACAUGUCCAAGGGCUUUUCACAUAGAGUGUAUAUCUCUUCCACGCAUUCCGACUGGUACUUGGCACUGUAGAUAUUGCCAGAAUACCUUCCAAAACGAAAAGUUUGUGCAACAUAAUGCCAAUGCUCUAGCUGCAGGAAGAGUUGCUGGAAUUGAUCCAAUAGAACAGAUAACCAAGAGAUGCAUUCGUAUUAUCAGAACUCCAGAGGCAGAAGUUCCUAGUGUGUGUGUGCUAUGCAGAGGUCAUGAUUUUAGCAAGUCAGGGUUUGGUCCUCGCACUGUUAUACUCUGUGAUCAGUGUGAGAGAGAAUAUCAUGUGGGUUGUUUGAGGGAUCAUAACAUUGAUGACCUUAAGGAGUUACCAAAAGGAAAGUGGUUUUGUUGCACGGAUUGCAAUAGAAUCCAUUCUGCUUUACAGAAAUUGGUCAUUCGUGGGGAGGAGCAGCUUCCUGAUUCAUCUCUGGAUGUUGUGAAGAAGAAGCAUGUAGAAAGUAGUUUAGGGAGCAAGGCCAAACUUGAUAUAAGAUGGAGGGUUCUCAGCGGGAAAAUGACAUCUUUAGAUGACACCAGAGUAACGCUAUCAAAGGCUGUUGCGAUCUUCCAUGAGCGCUUUGAUCCUAUAAGUGACUCUGGAUCGAGUAGAGGUGAUCUUAUCCCAUCAAUGGUUUAUGGGAGAACUGUCAAGGGCCAAGAUUUUGGUGGCAUGUACUGUGCAAUAUUAACUGUCAAUCAAGUGGUUGUGUCAGCUGGUAUUUUUCGAGUUUUUGGGCAAGAAAUGGCUGAAAUUCCCUUAGUUGCAACAAGUACUGAAAGUCAAGGGCUGGGUUAUUUUCAAUGCCUUUUCAAUUGCAUUGAGAAGCUGCUGGGGUUCUUAAAAGUGAAAACCCUUGUGCUCCCAGCAGCCGAUGAAGCAGAAUCCAUUUGGACAAAGAAAUUCAGAUUCAGCAAGAUAACCCAGGAAGAGCUAAACGAAUAUAGAAGGGACUACCAAAUGAUGAUCUUCCAGGGUACAUCAAUACUUCAGAAGCCAGUCCCGAGUGUUCGACUUAUUGGAUAAAUCGCAGGAUUAAUGGCACAAUUAGCGUUAGUGUUAACAGUAAAGGUGGUGUUGAAAGUGGCGAAUCAGCAGCAAGUUUUUGAACAGAUUUUUUGCUCCUAAAAUGUACGGUAAGGGGUUGCUUUUAAUACCUUUCUUUUUGUACAGGAAAAAGAUAGAAGUCAAUUAAAUACUUCAUUUUUUUUGUGUUUUUUUCUGGGUUUUUUGUAUCACUGAAAUAAGAAAAAAAAGGUAGCAGUCAAGAGUUGCGGAAAAUAUAGGGAAAUUAGGGGUGGAAGUAUACGAUCAAUUUCGAAAAUUUUGAUUUAGAUUGAUAAUUUAAUUGUUUAUUCGUUUAA